GAGGGGAAGGAGGAAUGGGGCUGCGAGACAACUUGCGACUGGCGUCGAUAGUAUGGAAGGAGUUCUGGGGUUAUGGGCAGAAGGAGUAUGAAGCUCUCAAGCUGAAGAAUGAACAGAUGAGACAGAGGCUGAAAGAAAUCCAAGAGAUGCACAAGAAUUUAGACAUCGAAAUCGAGCAGAGGCGUGCUCAGAUGCUUCAGAUGGCGGCUAGCUCUCUCAAGGAUCUUGAUGCAAAGAUGAACAAAGAUCAGCAGGAAAUUUCUCAAACAAUGUCCAAAGACCUGGACGACCUGAUGUCGAAAUUAGAGAAGCAUUCUGCAACGUCCGAGGCUGAGCUUCUUCAGCAGAUACAGAGUAUGGAAAUUGAGGUUCCGAGGAGAGGAGAGAAGAGAGACGCUGCUCCGAGUCCAAGUGGUUCAGGGUAUCAAGGUGUGAACAAGAAAACCAACUCCCCCAAACAGCCUAACAAAGGGAAGAAUGAACUGGCCUCUUGAACGGUGAACUCAAUACAUUCGUUAAGCGAG